AUGAUUGAUCAGUCAAACGAUUUAUAUGCUAGUAAUAACUCACAACAAAUUCCACACUAUCAAACAAUGACAAAUCUACUAUCAUCUUCCUAUCUUUCUUCUUCAUCACCACCAUCUACUACUUUAACAACAUUACCACCUUCAUCUUCAUCGUCAUCGUCUUCUUCAUCAUCAUCAUCAUCAUUAUCAUCAUCUUCUUCUUCUUCUCCUUCUUCAUCGACAACAAACUGUAAUCAUCAUGAUCUAUUUUAUUCUUCGGCUAUCUACCAUCAUUCAGCAGAAGUUAUUGUUAGUCCACAUCGUUCAUCUAUGAUGAAUUCAGCACAUACAUUACCAUAUCAUUAUCAUCGUCAAGAAAAAAUUCGAAAUCGUCCUAGUGAACAAACAGAUUCUGAUUGUGAUCUUGAUAGUUCAUCAAAUUCAAUAUUAUCAUCAUCAUCAUCAACAACAAAUAUUAAUUUAACUAAUUCAUCAUCGUCAUUAUCAAAAUUAAAAAAACGACGAGCUAAUUUACCUAAAGAUAGUGUUCGAAUAUUAAAAAAUUGGCUUUACGAACAUCGUUAUAAUGCUUAUCCAACAGAUGAUGAAAAAGCUAAUUUAUCUCGUCGUGCUGAUUUAUCAAUAAAUCAAGUUUGUAAUUGGUUUAUUAAUGCUCGACGACGUAUAUUACCUGAUUUAUUAAAAAAAGAAGGUACUGAUCCUAAAAAAUUCACUAUAUCAAGACGUUUUUCUCGUGAUCAAAAACGUUCAUCACCAUCAUCAGCUAUUUGUUCAACAAGUGGAGAAAAUACUUCAACUGAAACAACAACAACAACAGUGAUAGAUAAUUCAUCAUCAAUACCACCCGUGAAAAUAAAUGUUAUUGUCGAACGAAGUUCAUCACCUUCAUUAAUACUAACAAAUAAUUCAAAUGUGCUCAAUAAACAAUUAUCACAACAAUUAGAUAAAUCAUCUUCUACUGAUCCUUGUUGUAGUGCUACAACGACAGCACCUACGACGACGACGACAACGAGGCAUCAUGUUGUACUUAAAUCUAUUCGUGAUCCGACAGUAAUUAAUCUAAUAUCUACUGAUUCAAAACAACAACAACAACAGCAACAACAGACACGUUUGAUUUGUUCAUCUGAUUCAUUGACAACAUCAACUAGUAGUAGUAGUAGUAGCAGUAGUAGUAGUAGUACAGGUGGUGAUCUUGCCGGUUUUCAACUUCUUGUUGAUGUAGCUGUUAGAGAACUACAUAGAAUACAACAAGGAAAUGGUAAUAGCAAUAGUAGUCUAGCGCUACUUUGCAGCUAA